AGAAAAUGGCGGACAUUUGUAAACAAGAAGUGGGGUAACGCAGGAUACGACCUUCAUAUCUUUCUUGCUUCUACCAAUAAUUGAGAUCGCGUCGAACAAAACAAAGAAAUGUGAAACAAGGAAAGGACUGGAUUAAAUUUUACCGAAGGAUUUCAGUAAAUUUGUUAACACUGAAGAGCUUGAGGUGGUUGCUUUUCAAAACACAUCCUAAAUGUAACUCCAUUCUCAAGAAUGGAUGAUUAUUACCCUCCUCCCAAUCCUGCGUGGCCUGCUGGAAACUCUGGAGGAGGCAGGCCCAACCUGGACCUCAGCGAGUCAAUGGGGUCAAGAAUGGGGCCAUUGGGACAGGCCAGUAAGCAGGAUACAGGGAUGGGUCAUGCAGGGAUUAUGGACAUGCAUGCAAACGGAGAUGUUAAAGCGUCCAAUGGAAUGACCAGUGUGCCUGUCAUGGCCGCUAACUUGCCAAUGGAGAUGUUCAAUCAAGCUUUCAAUUUUGAUGCAGCCAUGCUGAAUCCAAUGUUUGCACAAAAUGCCAUGAUGAUGGGAAUGAUGAAUUCACAAAUGGAGAAAAAACCUGCUAAAGAUGCCACUAUGGAUAUUCUAGAGCAGCAGCAGACCAUGGAACAGUCCCGACUAUUGCAGCGCUUCAAAGAACUACGCUCCUGGCAGCUGCAGCAGCAAGAUAUGCUGAUGAAUCAACAGCAAAUGCAGUUGCAGGCACUGAAGUCAGAGCAACAGCGUACACAGGCACUAAUUGCCAAACAGAGGGGAGGGAAACAAGAUAGGCCAAUGAAUAACCCCAUGUCUCCCACUAAGACCCCGCCCAUCAGACAGAGGGGACAGGGACCAGGGUUCCCACCCAUGAUGCAAAAUGGCAGCAUGCAGAGACCCCCUAACUUCCAGUCUCUGCCACCUACCAUGAUGGAACAAGCCGGUGGUCAGUUGCCUCGUCCAGUGAUGUACGUCAACCUUGAUGAGGAAAAUGAUGAAGUAAAAACUAAUCCUGACUUGUUCAGUGACACAAACUCGGCAACAGGAAGUCAGGCAAUGACAGACGAGUUCCCUAACUUAGAAUCCGUGUCUGAGGUUGGGGAAAAUAACAAUGUGAUGGUAAAUCAGAUGUCUCAUCGCCAUGGAAACCAUGAAAGGACAUUACCACCCUCUCAGAUGUACCAGUCAAUGCCGUCCCAAGGUCACAUGGCUCCGACUAAACUAGGGAGAACUCAGGGAAUGUUAGAUAAGAGUAAAAAGUCCUCUGCAAUUUAUACAAACGAAUUAGAGAUGGAUGAAGGUAUCGGGACAUUGCGGUUAUCCAGUCCGCUUGAUCAGGCGCUGAGCUGCGAGGUAGAAACUGAUUAUGACCAUAUUAAUGGGCAUGAAGCAGGAAGGGAACAAGAUGAUGACAUCAACGAUGAAUUAGAACAACAUCCGUUAGAUGAUGACGAGGAUGAAUUUGAUGAAAAUGAGGAUGAUACAACAUUAGAAAGAAGAUACAAAGAUGAAGAAGUUCAUCCUGAUGAAAGACCUAUCAAGCCUGGAUUGGCAGGGAAGAAAACUUUUGAACAAAUGUUAGAAGAACAACUUCGAGAUGAAGAGGAGAAGCUGCAGGCUAAACAGGAGGAGGAUUCUACCCAGAGUCCUAGGCGGCCCUUCCUGAAGAGAGGAGAGGGUAUAGCACGGUUUGCUCAGAUCAAGGGGUCAGGAAGACAGACAGGGAGUAAAAGGGAGGUUACUUCUGUCAGUCGAGACAACAAAUCAGCACCAUCAACUAAACCCAACAGUAAAGCUUCAAGCCAGUCUAAUACAAAACCUGCUGUCAAGUCUCCGCGGGGUAAAUCUAAGAAACCACAGACAAAGCUCGUUCUGAAGACAUCCCCUAGAAAUCAACCAUCUAAAAAUACCAACCAAUCAUCAGUCAAACCAAAAACUGGAUUGACCAGUCAGAGACAUGCAAGCAAACAACCCAGUGAUACAAACUUAACAGGUGAAAGUCGAAAGACAGAUGAAAUUCAAAAUCAUUUUCAAGGAAUUUAUCAAGGUCAAAGCCAGAAGGACCCGAGUCAAAACAGACCAAACAGACAGAGCACUUAUCGAUCAGAAAUUGAAGAGAUCAAGUCACGGAUUCCCACGAGAUCCUCCAGAACCCCUGAUUCUAUUCCAGAUGACACCUCCUUUGUUGAAAAAUUACAGCAGAGGGAAAUGAAUGUUGAGUUUGAGAGGGAAGACUUGGAUGAAUUUGAAAUGCUGGAGAAUUUUGCAGACAAUGCAUCUUUCUGUAGUAACUCUUCAGUGGUUGUCAAGGUGAUGCAGCGAGACCGCCUCAGACAAUCGAACAGGACGCAGCAGCAGUCUCCCAGACAGUCAGUAGCUAAGCAACUUGAAGCCAAUGUUAACAAGGAUCCACACACUACACAAUCAAGACCAAAUGCUUCAACAGAAACCAAGGAGUCAUUACCCAUUCAUCAGCAUAUGGAAACAAAAUCUAAACUUUCUCCAAAAAUCGAGGAAGAUGACGAGUCCUGGAGUGAUACAAAUAGCGAUGACACUGAAACUGAAGAUAACGAUAAAAAUGAGGAGGAGGGAAGUUCAGAUGAAGAUGAUGAAGAAGAAGAAAGUUCAUCAAGUGACUCUGAUGAAGUGAUAGAAAAGGUGGGACAGAAAAACAGUGGUCAUUUUACCAGUUCUGAUGUUCAGACAGAAAAUGACAAUUUUGUGCUUCAUGGUCAGAAUGACAAUCAUUCUGAUGAGGACUCAGAAAUGUUUUUCCCACGAUCUCCGUCCAAAGUUAUGACAAGAAAGGUUGCGUCCAAGGAGGACCGAUCAGCAAUGAGUACUGUGUCCAAUUUGUUACAGAAACUUAAUCCUGGUGCCGUCCCUUCUCAAUCACAGUUUCCACAAGGAACAAUGUCUACUCAUCAAGGUUAUGUAUCGUCUAAUUACAGGCAGCAGAACACAGAUAAUUUUAAUCUUAGUUUUAACUCAAGUGCCUAUGUGCCACAAGCUAAAUCUCCUAUCGUAAUCUCACGUGAUGUUUUGCCUGCAUCACAUGGUACUUCGAUUCCUAGCUCACUUCCUCAGGUUAAAGAAAACAUUGUGGAAAAGGAGGAUGAAGAAGAUGCCGAGAAUGAUUUUCAAAUUCAUGGUAAAUUUUCUAGUCCUAGAAUUUCCUCUGACUUAUCGUCGAAAGACGGAGAUGAAAAUUCUGGAAAUGAUAGUGAUACGUCAUACUCGGCUUUGAAAAUCAGUGGUAAGAGUUCAAGGCCACAAAUUCAGUCCUUCAUCGAAACAAAACAAAAUCUAAUGGGUUUCUCACGGAGUGACAGUGCUGGACACAGAAGGACGGAGGAGGAAAAUCAGGAAAGUGAAGAUGAUAAUGACUUUGAUGAUGAGGAGGAAUGGGGAGAAACAACAUUGAAAUCAAAGUCACCUCGCAAGAGUUUGGAGCAAGAAAAGAUGAAAACAGGUGGUGCCGGAGCUGAAGGCAGUGACGGAACUCCUCCCACUUCUCAGCUCAUGACUCGACUGUUCCCCAAACUUAAACCUCAGCCAUCCAAACUACAGCAACUACAGGAGCAAAAGAUGCAAACCACAAGUUCUGCAUCAUCAGCGGAUGGUGUCCAGUCCAAGUUACUGCGAGAGAAACUUACCGAACUGGAGAAGGAGAUUGAGAAGUUCAGGAGUGAAAACGCAAACUUAGAGAAAUUAAGGAAAGAAAGAGAAGAGGGUUUGACGAAAUUGAAAAAGGAAAUUGGAGAUUUUGAGAUAGAAAAGAAUACAGAACUGCAACGAAUACAAGAUUACAAAAAGGAGGAAAUGAAGAAACUGAGGCAUGAAAAGAAAAUGUUUGAAAAAUACCAGAAGGCAUCACGGUCAAUACCAGAUAAGAAGGAGAGAGAGGAAAUAGAGAUGCUUAAAAGACAGCUCCAGGAGCUCCAGGAAGAAAUUAAAAGAAAAGAUACACGUUGGACCAACAGCACGUCACGUCUACGCAGUAAAAUAGACCAACUGGAGCAGGAGAAUGGUGAACUUAAGGAAGAAAUUAACCUGAUGGAAAAGAAACGCCUGGAAUGGUUACAGAAGGAACAAACUGGAAAAGGAAACUCUACAGCAGGAAAAGACAAUAUCCAUAUGUCGCGUGACUCCACACAUUUUCGCAAUCCAGUUGUAAGUUCUGCCGAUUUCCAGACCACAGAUUCUGAGGAGGAAAAGGAUCCAGUCCGAGAUCAGCCCAGUAGUCGGUUGUCGUACCCUCCGUCCUCUGUUUCCCACUCCGGUUCAGUACAGAUGAAUCUUCGCCCCUCACAGUUCCAGCCUCAGGUCAAUGUCCGAGCUCCCCCACCCUCUAUUUCCUCAGGGACUCAGGGGGUCAGGCUCCAGCAUCCCCAACCAGGGGCAACUGUAGGGUUAAACAACCUGUCCAAACCACCAGGCAAAACUGGUCAAGUGUCAUCCACUGGAGGUGGUCAAUCAAAACAAAUGGGGAAUGUCCAGACUAGUCAAGGAUCUACUUUAGGAAGUGGUCACUCUAAACACCAAGUUGUCAGUUCAGGAGCUAGUGGUGGUCAGCAGAAACAUACAGGUCAGAGUAGUGGUCAGUCCAAACCUGCAGCCAAUUCAUGGUCAUCUUCAUCAGGCAAGGAUAGCAACCAUCUUGACAAGGGAAAUAUGUUACGGACGUCACUUACUGAGGAUGUACCGCGACAAAUGCCGUCAGCAGCUGCAGUACCACAGGACACCAGUAUGUAUACCGACACAGAGGAUGCCCCAUAUAGCAAUACCAUCCCUAGAAAGAAGGCGACAAAAUUCAACAUUGACAAGUCGGCCAUUGACAAAGGUGACAGUCGAUUUGAUGAACUACAGCAUUCAGAUGGCAAGCUGGAGCGAGUGUACAGAACCGGUGCUAGGGAGAUCCUGUUCUCCAACGGGACACGGAAGGAGAUCUCAGCAGACGCACAGACAAUCAUUGUCUCCUUCUUUAAUGGAGACAUCAAGCAGAUUAUGCCGGACCAGCGAAUUGUGUACUACUACUGUGAGGCACAGACAACACACUCCACCUACCCUGAUGGCCUCGAGAUACUUCAGUUCCCAAAUAAUCAAGUGGAGAAACACUAUCCAGACAAGACUAAAGAAAUAAUUUUCCCGGAUCAGACGAUCAAGUAUUUAUUUCAAAAUGGGUCAGAGGAGAGCAUAUUUCCAGACGGAACAGUUAUACGAGUGGACAAGAAUGGAGAUAAAACCAUGGAGUUUCCAAAUGGACAGAGGGAGAUACACACCCAGGAAUACAAGAGACGAGAAUAUCCAGAUGGAACUGUGAAGACAGUGUAUCCAGAUGGCCGACAGGAAACGCGGUACUCAAAUGGCAGGAUACGCGUAAAGGACAAGGACGGCAAUGUGAUUGUAGACAGACGGUGCUAGCAUUGGUGUCAUCAUCCCUCAUCAUUCGUCAUCACAGAAAUCAAACUUGCCUACAGUUACUUAACGAUGAUGUUGUGUCAUGGACAGACAGUACUCUUCAUCUGUCAACAGUGGGGCUUCUGUAUCGUCAUCGUCACAUUGACAUCUGUCAUCGUCAUCGUCACAUUGACAUCUGUCGUCGUCAUCGUCAUCAUCUGCAACUUCAUGACAAAAAGAAAUUGUGAUUUAUUGUCACAAGUCUUACAUUUCUAUCUGAAUUGUAAAUUUCUGAAUUCUCACGGACAUUGUCAAUGUAAGGACAAGUCGCUGAAAGUAAUUCAUUGGUUAUCACUGCAGUUACUGGUCAAGGCAUCUUCAGCAUUCAAAUCAUUUUUAAAAAGAAAUUGUUGGGUAAUCAUAGCGUUACUGUCUAUUCUGUUUGAUAUACAGUGGAAUCUUGUUAGAUUGGAAAACCAGAACCAAACUGUAACAAGCAUUUAAUUAUUUCAAAGUCUAUGUUUUACAGAACCAAACUUUAACAUUUCAAAAUCUAUCUGUAUGGGCCCCUAAUUCCAUCUGCUUCUUGCAUCAGCCAAAUGAAGUUUCGGAAAUUCUUUUUUUAUAGAAUAUCUGUGGAAGGGGUAAUUAUUUCCCACUGAAUAUCAUGUAUAUUUCAUGAGUACGAUAGAUUUUCUGACAUUUACAGGAAUUAUCGUACACCUAAUACAUAUAUACGAUAUUCAACGAGUAACCUUUUAAUUUUCUAGAUGUCACAUCUCACAAGCAUCAAGAUAACAUUGUGUCUUCACCAUAGGGAUGUCAGUGGUAUAUUUCUCUAUUGCUAGGGAAAGAUAAACAUCUCUUCAGCUAUCUAGGUGGAAAAAACAAGAGCUUACAUUCUGAAAACAUAACCAUUGCUCAUCACAUUAUGUAAUGUAACCUGGGUAACGUCAUAAAUUUCGUCACACAUUUCGUGCACUAUUAACGAUGGCGUGGUACACUGGGUUUACCGUUGCAGCUGAUUUUUGUGAUAGGAGAGGGUGGGAGAAAAAUAAACCUUUUUCUGUUUGAUGUAGACAAGAGAAAUCUUGCAAAGCCUCAUGCUUGACCUCAAAAAAAUUAAGGUUAAUAUUUCCGUGCCUACUUCACACACAGGAUGCUAGAUUUUUAGAACCUACCAUGGUCUCAUUUAAUACCAGUAAGGUCAACUUCCUCUACUAAAGUGUUUUUUCUGGAGCAUUAGCGUCUUGACUAAGCAUUGAAAGGGGAGAGAACAUUCAGCCUUAAAAAUAAAAAAAUAUAUAAAAUAAAAUAAUAAAAUUCAUAGAAAUUUUGAUUUGUAUUCACUUCAAAUUUUAUAUGUCAGGGAAUGUUUCAUUUAAAAUAUCAGAGAAAAGUCGAUGUGUUUUUCUUCUUAAAUGUUUGUAUUUUUCCAGAUUUCUCUUGACCUUCAUAACUUGUAAUCAAAAACAAAAAAAUGCAAGUCUGAGGAAAAAACAGUAUACAGUGGAUGCUUGUGAGAUGCGACGACCGUCAACAAUCCAGUACCAAAAACGCUUGGUCAUCGGGGUGCUUGUAAUUAUAGGUGCGUUCGAUUACC